AUGUUUAAACCUACACUUAGAAACUACGUAAAUGAUGCUCUUCAGCUUGAAAAACCAAUAGAUGAAUUAAAAUAUUUAUCAAAAGAAUUAUCAGAGACAAUAACUCAUGAAGCAGAUGAAAUUCUUGCUCAUUUUGCAGAAGCAUAUGAAUAUUUGAAGAAUUUAUCAUUAGAAGAGUUAAAAACAAAAAUUCAAUUUCAUUAUCUUGAAAAAUUUUCUUUCCUUGCACCAGAAAUGAAUUUAGAUGCAUUAGAAGAUCCUAAUUUAUCAAUUGAGGAACAUUUUGAAGUUCUCAAAGAUUGUAUUCAAAAAAUUCAAAAUUUUAAUCAUGAAUUAAUGAUUAUUAAUUCGAAAUUGGACAAUGAACUAAGAGGAAACAGUGAAACACGUCAAAUAAAAGGAGAAAAUGAGUUUAUUAAUAUAACAUCGAAAUAUGUAAAUCAAUUGAACACAACAAGAACGUAUUGCCAUGAUAUAUCAAUUGCUUUGUCCAAUUUCGACAUGGCUCUCUCAAAUAUUCCAUUAUUAGAUAAAAAUUUAUUUUCUGAACACGCAGUUUACAUGAUUUCCGCUGAAAUGCCAAGUUUGAUACAGAUGAACUGCAAAAUCGACCAUCUAAAAGAUAAAAUCCAAGAAAAAGUGGAUAAUUUUAACCGAAUUAAGCGACAAACAGAAAAUCUAAUAAUUGAAACCCGUCUUUAUAAUGAAACAAGAGAAAGAAUCAAAUCUCCUAAGAAUUGUAAGGAAUGUCUCUUAGAACCCGUAUUUUACCCAUCAUGCGGCCACGUAAUGUGCAGAAAUUGUUGGAAAACGUGUAACAAUAUAUGUCCUGUAUGCGGUCAAGCUAUAGAAUAUAUCAUCGAUAUCAAUUGGGAAAAUUGA